AUGAACCUCGAUCUCGACGCAGUUGCAGAUUGGGCCAAGCAGAAUUAUUUAAAUCUCAACCAUACUAAAUCUAAGUUUAUGGUGAUCGGUUCCAAAGCACAAGUACAUAAAAUUCACUUGUUGAAUCCUCAAGUAUCCAUCUCAGGUCAAGUUCUUGAGCACGUUGUUGAGGUUCGAAAUCUAGAUAUCACUUUUGAUGGUGAGCUGCGCUUUGAGUCGCAUGCAUUGGUACUGUACUUGCUCGAUGCUUUGGAUAGAUUACAGCGGCGCGCGAUCCGCAACAUAGGCGAUGAGGAGGUGACUAAACACCUUGAGCCUCUUCAAUUACGCCGUGACGUGGCGUCACUAAGCGCGUUCUACCGUCUGUACCACGGCGAGUGUUCUGAGGAGUUAUUCUCUUUCAUCCUACCUUCUCCUUUCCUUCAGAGGACCACGCGCGCUGGCCUACAUUGUCACCGUCUUACUGUGGCUACAAUUCCAACGCGUACAAAGAAAUUUGGUGACUCAUUUCUUUGUCGCAGUCCCAGAUCCCAGGUUCACCGCUCGCCUCUGCAACCAAAGGACACUAUGAUGCGUGGGGCUGGGGGAAUGCUGGCGGUGACUGUUGCCGCAUUGCUGGUUUGCUGCAAUGCUGAUUCACAUCAGGAAUCAGACAAUGGCAGUGAGCAUGCUGUGGAACACUACAACAUCGGCUCCGGUGGUAACAAGCUCGCAGAUAUGGACCAUCCCGGAGGUAGUUUCACGAGGCAAGCACGAGAAGCCGGCCAGUACCGAUUUGUACCAUACCUAAUGACACGGAGAUUUGACUAUGUCAGUCCAUAUGGUGGUAAACGCGACCCGUGGGCAAUGAGCUACGACCGAUAUUACGGGGACGGCCUCCCGAAGCGUAAUUUUGACGAGAUCGACCGAUCAAACUUGGACACCUUCUUGCGGAAGAGGAACUUCGACGAAAUAGACCAGACCUCGAUGCCGUUCCCGUAUGCAAAACGCUUCUAUCGCCAAUCCAGUUUCGACAAGAAGAGGUACCGACCAGACUACCCCAUGGAUGAGAUCGACCUGUCACAGUUCCCCAUCGGCUCCAAAAGAUCCCAAGAUUUACUUCAGCCGCAACAUUAA